AUGGCAUGGAAGCCGCGUUACAGCAUGCUGAAGAACAUGCUGAGGUCGUCCGUGGUGACGUCGAGCGCGCGCAGGCACGGCAUCGCGCGGACGCACGCGACUCGAUACCUCCUGCGUGCCCCCUGGGACGAGCGGCAGGGCGGCCUGCCGUCGGAUGUGCCGGAAGCCGGAAGGGACGCCAUGCGGAAGAUGUUUGGCGCAGGCAGUGAGGCGCCUCCGACGCUCAUUUCUGCGCUCCGGAACGGCCGCACUGAAGUUCGAAGAGCCUUGCAGCUUUCUCAAACUGAUGCUAUUGAUCAGCUUGAUAGCUACGUGAGAGAUAUCCAAGUCCUCACUCGGACGGAGCUCAAUAGUCGUCGAGCGACUUUGCGCGCCCUGCCUGCCGAAGUCUUGGGUAUCAUAUUCGAAUACGCGCUCUCCGCAGAGGAGGUCGUAAACGCACCUAACGACACCGUCUGGCAAGGCUGCGUGCCUAUGAGCACCGCCUUGUUAAAAUUGCUACAAAUUUGCAAACACUGGCGCGACAUCCUUCAAAGCUUCGCCUUCCCGUGGACUGUGAUCGACGACCACGAAUCCGAACUGUUCAUCCAAAACUCGAAGCAGCUUCCCGUAUCAGUACACGUUGAACAUCAUCACUCCCAGCUCGUUCCCCGUCUUCCAGGUCUCGGCCCCCGCCUACGCGAACUCUUCUGGGGCCGGUUGUACUCCGAGGCGCGCAAGACAGAUGUGCUUACUUUCCCAGCGCCGCAACUCGAGCUACUAUACCUAAAUUGCUACAACGAACAUACGGCGCCCAUCAACCAGCCAUCGCCCAUGCUCUUCUCAGGACAUGCCCCAAGACUUCGCAGACUCCACCUUGCCGGCCACACUUGUCUGCCAGGCAAUCAAUUUACAGUCCUAACGCACCUGUGCUUGCAGAAUAUUUGCCCUGCCCUCAAAAUCACUGCGAUCGUCGGCCUGUUACAACGGUGUCCUCGAUUGGAGCAUCUCGCGUUCAUGGGACAUAUGCCCAUACACCCCGACGACCCUGCCCCGCAUCCGCUGCCUCCUGCGGACACUCCCCAGAUGCUCCCACACCUCCGCCGACUCUCCUUCGACAGUGUAUCCUCCCGCUUCAUCGCCAACAUCACCCACAUCAUCUACCCCCGCCGACCCGACUUCGCCAUCCAAGUGCUCGAGCUGCCGAUCAACCGUCUCAACACCGUCAUGUUCUGCCUGUGCGCGGUACCGUUCCUCGCUCCUAACCCGCUCACGUACCUCGCGUACGUCCGCCAGAGCUGGCACUCGAGCAUCGGCCUCAUCGGCUUCAGCGCGCGCGGCGCGCUCCGCAUCUUCUCCGCGCACGAGCACAUCGACAGCGACAACUUCAACCCAGACCGCGACACGUCGUGGGCGCUCGCGCAGCUCGACCGCCUCGUCCCCGCCGCCGUCGAGGAGUUCUCGUUCGACUUCCUGCGCAUCCGGCAGGCCCAGCCGCCCGUGCCCGUGGGUACGCGCGAGGUGUUCGCGCGCGUCCGCGCGAUGUCGUGCCUGCGCGCGCUCAACGUCGCCACGAACGACCUCAGCAUGUUCCUCGUCAUGCUGUACGGCGGCUUCUUUGCCCCGUUGCUCGUGGGCGGGGUGCGGUGGCACCUCGAGGUGCUGCGCAUAUUCGUAGGGGACAACGUUCCUGGGCAGGGGCUGGUGGUGUGGAAUCCGUUCAAUAUCGUGGAUUUGGGUGCCGCGCAGGCGCUCGCGAUCGACAGCGUGGUCAUCCACUGUGAUUUGGACCCUGGGUUGUUCACGGUCACCUUGGACACGCUGAGGGCGAUGGUUCCGUCUGUAGCGUUUGGGCGCACGGCGGAUUUGGGGGACGCCGCCAGGACGCAGGUUCCCGAGGGCUUUGCGAGCGGCAUGGAUCCGGUCGCCCACUCUGCCUGGGAAGGUUCACGGUGGUACAAACCCAUCGACUUUAACUAG